CUUGGCAAGGCCACCCCCCGGGGUCCCCGGCGCGGCAAGUCCCACUGAGGCCCGGGGAGGCCCAGCAUCUGGCCUGCGGCGGGGGGGCCCCACCGCCUCGCCCCCCACCCACCCCCGGCAGCCCGGGCCGCGCGACCCACACGCCCGCGUCGCUCCUCGCUGUGCGCACCGCGCUCCCCGCCCCCGCUGCCAUCCUGCCACGCCCCGGGCGUCGGGGGCACAGCCCGCGCCCCCCCGCACCCCGCCCCUGCGCAGAGGCUGGGGGCCUGUUUAUCUGGAGGCCCCCACCCCCCUCCACCCCGGGGGGCCCGCUCCCCCCGCGCCCGGGGGAGCUCUGGGGCCAGAUAAGCUGGCAAGCUGGCACGGCGCCGCGCGGCGGGGCGGAGAGGUCAGAGGCGGGGGGGCGCGCCGGGGCGGGCCGGACCCCCCCCCACUUGACAAAACCUAAUAACAGCCCGGUCUCCCCGGCGCAGCGGGCGAAGCCCCACGGGAGGGCAGAGACGUGGCAAGAGGGGACCUGCCGAGCCUGUUCUGGCCUCUGAGGCCGGGCUGGGGGGGGGGGCGGGCUGGGCGUGGGGGGGCCGGCGGCUGCGGCACCUUUAAGACAAGGGAGGACCCCUCUUGCCCUCGGAGAAACCAGGAAGGGAGUCGCGAGCAUCAUACGGGGCUUUGGCUGUACUGUACAGUUACUGUAGGGGCAGUGACGCCGCCGCCGCCGCGCGAGGGAGCGACCAGGGCAGCGCGACGCGGGCAGAGCGAGCGCCGCGGACCCCGGAGGCGAGCGGCCGAGGGAGCCCAGUCCCAACUCCGGGCCCCGGCCCCGCGCGCCCCGGCCCGGCCCCGCGAGGUCUCGGCGCGGAAGAUGGCCGGCGGCGUGGACGGCCCCAUCGGGAUCCCGUUCCCCGACCACAGCAGCGACAUCCUGAGUGGGCUGAACGAGCAGCGGACGCAGGGCCUGCUGUGCGACGUGGUGAUCCUGGUGGAGGGCCGCGAGUUCCCCACGCACCGCUCGGUGCUGGCCGCCUGCAGCCAGUACUUCAAGAAGCUGUUCACGUCGGGUGCGGUGGUGGACCAGCAGAACGUGUACGAGAUCGACUUCGUCAGCGCCGAGGCGCUCACCGCGCUCAUGGACUUCGCCUACACGGCCACGCUCACCGUCAGCACGGCCAACGUGGGUGACAUCCUCAGCGCCGCCCGCCUGCUGGAGAUCCCCGCCGUGAGCCACGUGUGCGCCGACCUCCUGGACCGGCAGAUCCUGGCGGCCGACGCGGGCGCCGACGCCGGGCAGCUGGACCUUGUAGAUCAAAUUGAUCAGCGCAACCUCCUCCGCGCCAAGGAGUACCUCGAGUUCUUCCAGAGCAACCCCAUGAACAGCCUGCCCCCCGCGGCCGCCGCCGCCGCCGCCAGCUUCCCGUGGUCCGCCUUCGGGACGUCCGAUGAUGACCUGGAUGCCACCAAGGAGGCCGUGGCCGCCGCUGUGGCCGCCGUGGCCGCGGGCGAUUGCAACGGCUUAGACUUCUAUGGGCCGGGCCCCCCGGCCGAGCGACCCCCGACGGGGGACGGGGACGAGGGCGAUAGCAACCCGGGUCUGUGGCCGGAGCGGGAUGAGGACGCCCCCGCCGGGGGUCUCUUUCCGCCGCCGGUGGCCCCGCCGGCCGCCACGCAGAACGGCCACUACGGCCGGGGCGGAGAGGAGGAGGCCGCCUCGCUGUCGGAGGCGGCCCCCGAGCCGGGUGACUCUCCGGGCUUCCUGUCGGGAGCAGCCGAGGGCGAGGAUGGGGACGGGCCCGACGUGGACGGGCUGGCGGCCAGCACGCUGCUGCAGCAGAUGAUGUCCUCGGUGGGCCGGGCGGGGGCCGCGGCGGGGGACAGCGACGACGAGUCACGGGCCGACGACAAGGGCGUCAUGGACUACUACCUGAAGUACUUCAGCGGCGCCCACGACGGCGAUGUCUACCCGGCCUGGUCGCAGAAGGUGGAGAAGAAGAUCCGAGCCAAGGCCUUCCAGAAGUGCCCCAUCUGCGAGAAGGUCAUCCAGGGCGCCGGCAAGCUGCCGCGGCACAUCCGCACCCACACGGGCGAGAAGCCCUACGAGUGCAACAUCUGCAAGGUCCGCUUCACCAGGCAGGACAAGCUGAAGGUGCACAUGCGGAAGCACACGGGCGAGAAGCCGUACCUGUGCCAGCAGUGCGGCGCCGCCUUUGCCCACAACUACGACCUGAAGAACCACAUGCGCGUGCACACGGGCCUGCGCCCCUACCAGUGCGACAGCUGCUGCAAGACCUUCGUCCGCUCCGACCACCUGCACAGACACCUCAAGAAAGACGGCUGCAACGGCGUCCCCUCGCGCCGCGGCCGCAAGCCCCGCGUCCGGGGCGGGGGACCCGACCCCAGCCCGGGGGCCACCGCGACCCCCGGCGCCCCCGCCCAGCCCAGCUCCCCCGACGCCCGGCGCAACGGCCAGGAGAAGCACUUUAAGGACGAGGACGAGGACGAGGACGUGGCCAGCCCCGACGGCUUGGGCCGGUUGAAUGUAGCGGGCGCCGGUGGAGGAGGUGACAGCGGAGGUGGCCCCGGGGCCGCCACCGACGGUAACUUCACAGCCGGACUCGCCUAAAAACCAAAAAGAGAAAACAGAAACCCGAGAGAGAGAGAGAGACAGAGAGAGAGAAAAAAAAUCACCCACCACCCCCCCAAAAACAAAAAAAGAAAAUCUAUCUAUAUACAGAUAUCUAUAUCUAUAUAUAUAUAUACAGAUAUAUAUAUAUGACGCGUCACAGAAUCUAGGGUAGCGCUUUCUCAGAUUUCCCUCCUUUCUGACGUUUUUCUCCCUCCACAGGGGCCCCGGCCCUCCCUGGCUCCCCUUCCCCCCACCACCCCAUCGCUGGGUUUCGGGGCUUGGUUUGGGGUUUUUUGUAGGACACAAGGAAUCCGAGACCCCGCACAGCCCCCUGGGCACCCGGCAUGGGGCCUGGGGCCCGAUCCGUGGCCCUGGGCUGGGGUGAGGGUAGACGUGGGGGGGCUGGGGGGGGUACUGGGGUGGGCUUUUAAUUUCCUCCCCUCGCUGGUUUCUAUGAGUCUUUCAGACAAGACCUUAAAUGAUUUCUGUCUGCUCUGAGCGGACGUUAAAAUGGGCCCCCGUCCCCGAUCCGCACCCUCCUUCCUCAGGGCACUUACUAAGGGAGGGGUCUCCCUCUCCAUCUCCCCAAUGGCCUCCCUGCCUCCAACCCUGCCUGCAGCCCCCUGCCCGCCCCACAUCUCCUGGCCACUGAGACACAAACCUAUUUAUUUCUAGGCCUGGAGAAAGGAGAUCGGACUGGGGUUCCCGGUGGGGCACCAGGAUGGCUCCUGGGGGGGCUCCCGCCGCCUUCUUUCACGGCACUUACAACCGGCGGGACCCCCAGGGACCACCCCUCAGGGCGCCCCCCACCCCAGCCUGGUCCACCUAGACCCCCACGUUUGGAGAUUCAAAACUUCUGUCUUCGUCCUCUCCCCCGAGCCCCCUCUCCCAAAUUUUUAAAGCACUUUUUAGAUUUUUUUUUUCUCUUUCCUCCUUAAAAACAAAAUUUAUAUAUAGAGAUAUAUAUAUAUAUAUAAAUAAUAUACUUUUCCUCAGAGGAGCAGGCAACAGUGUGGGAUAAACAGAGCUAUGAUCAGAGGAACCCCAGGGUCUGGUGAUGGCAGGGACAGGGGGAGAGAGAGAAAAUCCACAAAUUCCAAUGUCACAAAAGCAAUAAAACUAGAAAAAAAAAAAGAUUUUACAAAAAGAAAGGAAGGAAAAAAAAAGGCAACCAACCACAUUAGAAGUCUUGGCACUUUGUAACGGAACGGGUACUACACUUUAUCUUAAUUCUUAAUUUAAAAACAUGUUUACAAGUUACAACCAACUUCUAUGAAAAGUUGAAAAGACAAAAAAAAAAAAAAAAGCGAGCGAGAGAGAGAGCGAGAGAGAGAGCGAGAGCAGAAGAAAUUCCUAAAAGUCGAUUUAUUUUUGUACAAAAUAAUAAAAAAAAAAACCCACCACAAACGUAGAAUCCACUUCUGUUCCCCAAAAAGCGAGAAGGGGGGUUCAGGAGGAAGCCAUCGCAGGGGACCUGGGAGACGCCCCGAGGUGUUUGUGCUUCACCCCCGGACGUCAGCCUCGAAGGCAGGACUGUGGGGUGUCCGUGCUGUGUUUCCCCCGCCCCUCCCUUUCUGUCCCCUUUUUUGGUUCUGACGUGAAGAGGUCUUAGUGCCCGCUAGACCUACAAAGGGCCGUCUCUGUCCGCGGGGUCUCUCCUUCUUCCUCCCUAGCUCAGGGAUGGGCCUUCCAGCCGGAGCACCCCGAUCCCCACCCGGCACCCCCCAAUCCUCCAACACGCCUAUCCUCCCACAUGGCCACCAAGGAGCUGGACCUUGGAUGCGCCUGCCCUGUAGAGGUGGGUGACAGGGGCCCCCCACCUCCAGGGCCUUAGAACCACCGCCCCCCUCCCCACCCCAGGCACCCCUCUUUUUACUCAAAGGCACUGACUGUAAUCCAGGGGGGCUGGGACCUGCCUCCCCCCAACCUCUGGCUCCUACAAGGCCCGGUGUUGACCGAGCCACAGGCCACGGACAGGGGCCAGGGUUGGGGAGACUAUGUCGCUAGAUGCCAGGAUGCCCUCACCCCUUUUGCAUAUGCAAUGCCUAGCAUGGGACCCUGAAAAUAGACGCUCUGCUGCACUGAGACUUCUUGUCAAUGCCCAACCAAGGGGGGUGUCUCCCUGCCCCGACCUCCCCAUACCCCUUCUCUGUGACACACACAUCUUCUCGUCUCUUUUUCUUUCAUUUUUAAAGGGAAGCUUUUUAAGAAGGCAAUUUUCAUAUUGUUUCUACAGGAUGGUUUUGGUUCCCUUCCCACCCCCCCUUAAGCCUGUCAGCCCCCUCCAAAUGUCUCAGGAUCCCCCCCCCUCCCCUGGGGCUGGGUGACAGCACCCCGGCUGCGUUCACACCCCAGUGUCACAGGGCGAGCUGUUCUGGAGAGAAAACCAUCUGUCGUGGCUGAGCAGGGAGCUUGAACACCCAGGCCAGGGACACCCCUCCCCAGCUCCCAGAGAGGCCCCCUGAGCGGGGAGCCCUCUUUCCACAUUCCCCUAUCCAUGCACCCCCUCGCAAUAAAACCAACUCUAAAAUCACAGCUGUCGUCCUGGCCAGUGGGGGCGACCGGACUUGGGGGGGUGGAACCCUCUGGGACUUCCGUAGGAACAAGGGCUGCGGCCCACCGCGACACUUACACAGACCUCGGGGAUUGCACUAAACCCUCGUUCCUAGCUCCGCACUCAGCUUCGCCUGUCCUGCCCGCCCACUUUGCCUUAACUGCCCGCCCGUCCUGGGGGCCACAGCCUCUGCAUGGGCCCAGAGCCGGGACCCCCCCAGCCCAGCCCAGCCCCACCCCGCCCUCCCCAGACUCCGCCGCAAUCACAUACUGUAUAUAGACGUGAAUCGAUUUUAUUUUUAUUCUUUAAAUUAAGGUCGUGAUAAAGUGUUGCCAAAGAUACCUGCUGAAUUCUCGCGUUUCAGGAAACAAACAAACAAAAAAUAAUGAUAUUUGAGGAGGGUCGUGUUGACUCCAUAAGAAAGGACACAGCUAAAAGCUUUUUUGUUUGGUUGUUUGGGGUUUUUUUGUGUUUUCUUUUUUUGGGGUGUUUUUUUUUUUUUAACUGCCUGGUACAAAAAAAGAAAAAAAAGA